UCCGGCUUGUCGGGGGGGGGGGGGGGGGAUGGAAGUCCUCGCUCGGCCGUCGGCGUCGCGCACGCCGACCGACCGACCGACCGACUGAGCGACUGAGCGACUCGGCGGAUGCAGUCGCGGAGCCGCUCUCACAUGGCGCCGGUGCCCUCCCGGGGGCCGGACGGCGCCGCCGCGGCCGCCCCGUGAGUCAAGGGGGCGUCUUGGAGUUCGCCUGCCACUUUCCUUUUCCUUUCUUUUUUCUUUUGUUUCUCCUCGCGAGCGUGACACAAGUUCAGUUGAGAGGCCCCCCCCCACCUCUCAGAAAUAACUGCGUAAUAGUCGCUAAAUUAACAGCUCACUCGCCAACAUUUAUUGGAUACAUUUUGCACCGGAGGAACCUUGCAGAAGCAGCUGCUAAGGUAUGAUUUCUCGAUCCGCUGACUUUCAAAUCCAUCCCUGCCUCUUAAGGGGAACUAGUCCGAUGUCAACCCAGCCUUCCGGGCCUUUGGCCUGGCCGCGGGCAUGGCGGCGUCUGCCCUGAACCGAAACUUCCUCGCAGUCAUGAACGGCGCGAAUCAGUUCCACGUCCAGCAAAGUUCCACCGGUACCAGCUCCCGAGACAGCGGAACCGGCGCGGGCGGCCGACCGGUGCUGCGGGUUCCGGAUCGGGCCGCGUGCCGGCAGCUGCUGGGCGGCGCUCCCUACGGCCCGACCGGCCCUCAGGCGAGCCCCACGGGGAGGCCGGGUCACGCGUUUGUCUUCCCGCUGACGCCCGGGCCCCGCCCCGGCGCCCGCUCGCCGUCGCCUCGGGGCCGCGGGCUCCUCGGGGUCAACGUGGGCCAGCGGGUCCGACGGCUCAGCUCGCCCGGCGAGGAAGAGGCGGAGCCGGAAAAGCAAGAGGAGCGGAGACGCCGGGCGCAGCUGCUGCAGAUUCACAAAGAGCUGCAGAACGUGGAGGUGAAGGGGAAAGUGGGAAUUUUCGAGGCGCACAUUUCUGGGAUCCGUGCCCAGGUGCUGAACAGCGAGCUCCAGCGCAGCCCUCGUUCUCCGAGACGAGCGGCGGGCCAAGUCCCGCCCCCUCCCGGCCGCGGCGGGGCAGCCCUCGAAUGCUCGAUGACCCCGGCCCGCCGGAGUCAAGUUCCUCCCGCUCUCCAAAAUGGGAGAGAAGGCGAGGACGGAGCGGCGCACGCGGCGAGCGAGCGGGAACAAAGUAGCGGGAUUCAAAUAAACGUCCGGCCGGGGACGUCGUUCCUUCCCAACGGCUGCCAUUCGGAAACGAGAGGAGCUCCCUGCGCGGAAUCAGACGGGGCGCCGCCAGAGACCUCGGAGGUGCGCCCGGCCAAAGAUGGAGAGAUAAAAGAGGGCGGCGGGGUGAAGGAAAACAAACAAACAGCGGGAGAUGAGGGAGGUUCAGGCGAGAGGCAAGUGAGCGCCGGACGCCAGUCGGGUCCUGAGGAGCCACCGGAAGCCGACAUGCCGGGCACCCGUCAGGACGCCUCCGCCGCGGAGCCGCCGAGCCGACCCGGUUUGACGGGUCGCCCCGCCGCCGCCGCCUCCAUCCCCGCCGUCAUCGUCACCGACCACGGUCUGGACAGCCACGGCGGCGACGCUUCGGACCAGGCGGCCACCCCCGGCCCCGGUUCGAGCCCCGCGCCCCCGUCCGACGCUUCGACUCGCUCCCUCAGGAAGCUUUCGUCCUCCUCGGCCUCCUCGGCCGGCUUCUCCUCGUCUUGGGAAGAGUCGGAAGAGGAUAUUUCCGACACGGAGAGAGGGGGGCACCUUCUCACCCCCGUGCAGCUCACCUCACGACAGAAAGCUCACAAGUCGUGGAAGAAGAUCAAGAACGUGGUCCACUGCGCGCCGUUUCUCAUGUCCUCCAAGAAGAAAUAUCCCUGGAUCCAACUGGCCGGCCACGCCGGAAGCUUCAAGGCGGGGGCCAACGGUCACCUCUUGAAAAAACACUGCGAGUGCGAGCAGCGCUGCCUGUCGCUCCUGAUGAGCGACGUGCUGCGCCCGUACGUGCCCGGUUACCACGGCGACGUGGAGAAGGACGGCCAGAAGUACAACCAGAUGGAGGACCUCCUGGCGGAGUUCGAUUGCCCCUGCGUCAUGGACUGCAAGAUGGGCGUGAGGACGUAUCUGGAGGAGGAGCUGACCAAGGCCCGCAAGAAGCCCACCCCGCGGCCGGACAUGUACCAGAAGAUGGUGGAGGUGGACCCCGAGGCGCCGUCGGCCGAGGAGAAGGAGCAGAAGGCGGUCACCAAGCCGCGCUACAUGCAGUGGCGCGAGACCAUCAGCUCCACCGCCACGCUGGGCUUCCGGAUCGAGGGAGUCAAGAAAGAGGACGGGACGGUCAACAGAGACUUCAAGAGGACAAAGACGAGGGAGCAAGUCAUGGAAGCCUUCCACGAGUUCGUCAAAGGCAACAAGGAGGUCCUGAACGGCUACCGCGUCAGGCUGAAGGAAAUCCGAGCCACGCUGGAGACGUCGGCCUUCUUCAAAACGCACGAAGUGAUCGGCAGCUCGCUGCUGUUCGUGCACGACGGCAAGGGGCGGGCCAAAGUGUGGAUGAUCGACUUCGGCAAGACCACGGCGCUCCCCGAGGGCGAGGAGCUGGACCACCGGGCGUCCUGGCGGGAAGGGAACCGCGAGGACGGCUACCUGUUCGGACUGGACUGUCUGGUGGACAUCAUUUCUGCCAUGUUGGACGCUGAAACAUGAGCGCUUUUAGUCGUUAUUAUUAUUUGAAUUUAAUCCCCAGCGGAAACAUUUGGAAACACACUCACGUACAGGCGCGUUCUCGUCGUCGGACGUCCUUUUCGCCGACGUUCGCCCCCCGGUGGGGGAACUAAAACACUCAAGCCGUCUCUAAUUUUAAUUCUAAUUUUAAUUUAAUUAAUUAAUUUAAUUUUUAAUUUUCUAAUUUUAGCCGUCUCUUUCGCGACACGAAAGAGUUGCAAGGUGCAUUUUAUCCAACUUACAAACACAUCAAAGCCGACAGUUUUGCUGAAAAUUGCGGCAGCAAAAUUCAUCCAUGUGCAGGAGUGUGAGGGCCACACUCCCAAAAAAAAAAAAAAAAAAAAAUUACACCACAACAUGAAACAUAAUCUUGGAAAAAUAAAGUCGUAUGUCAUAUUGUCGCCUUCAAUCUAUAACCAGAAAGUGGCUCCUGCAAAACCCAAUAAAAGUAAGGAUUUAGUCUGGUAAUAUUCUGGCUUCAACCUUGAAAAAUAUUUCUAUAAAAUAAUGAUACAUUUAAAAAAAGCUUUUAUCUAUUUUUAUAGCAAUAAUAUAUGUUCCAUUAAAAAACACAGCUAACUUUACUUUUGCAAAAUUUCACAUUUUAUGUAAAAAAACGGGUUAUUUUUUAAAAAACAAUUUUUUGUAUCUAAAAUGUACGUUUUUAUUAAUGUAUGGCUUAAUUGUAAAAUUAUGAUUUACCUCUAAAAUGUCUUUAAUCGCAAAUGUUUUUAUCUUGAAAAAAAAAUACACAUUCCUAUUCAUAAUUCAUUUAGUUGGGAUUUAUUCUCUAAAAAACAACCGAUUACACAUAUUUUUCCUGGAAUAUUUUGUGGCCCUCAUACUUAAAAAAUCAAUCUUAACUCCAAAGCCAAAACCGUACACGGACAAUUUAUAACUUUAUUGCCCUCCAGUGGACUUCUGAGGAAUUACAAGAAACUCCGCUCUAUUCGAAAGAAAAAAUCAAAUUGUGCCUUUACAAAAGACAACACAAAAAGAAUUCUCAAAAUGUCUUUUGUAUUCAAAGUCAAAUUUAUAAUUAUAUAACAGACUUUGUGCGGUUUUAGUUUCAUCAUGUUAUCAUUAGUUUUAUUUAACAUGGCUGCACCCGAGUUUAUUUCCACGUUUUGAGAUUUUGCGGUUGAGUGUGUUUGUCUUGGAGCUAAUGUAUAAAAUUUGUCAUUUUCUUGCAAAACGCCACCACUUUAGUGCCUGCUGAGUCCUGUUUGCGAGCAAUCUCCGGCGCCUUCGCCGUCUCGCCUCACUUGUACAUGAUGUCUUAAUUCCCUUCUGUCAUCUUAAACGAGUGCACGUUUAUUAGCUUCUGAAAGUUUGUUCAUUUGUAUUUAUAAUACAAUAUAUUUUGUUUUAGCUGA